CGACCCUCGGGAUGUUGAAAGGGGUGGUUUAACCCUUGACACCUCUGGCUCGUGACUGAAUUCCUCGCUGUUCAACAAAAAACUAGCCAAGUCAUCGCACCUAGCUUAUCCACCAUGCGUCUCGUACGGACGUUCCUCUCCCUUCUCGCCCUCGUCUCCACCGCGGUCGAGGGGAGAUCAGCGACGGGUCAACGAGUGCUCGUCAUCGUAGAACACGCCAUCAACCGGGCAGACUAUUCGCAGUUCUGGGAUAGCUUGCAAGCACGAGGCUUCGAGCUCACCUUCAAGGGACCUAAAGAGGAGACGCACCAGUUGGUAGAAUAUGGAGAACGGAACUUUGACCAUCUGAUCAUGAUGACCCCUUCGACGAGCUCCUUCGCGGACCACCUCCGCCCAAUCCGGCUCCUCCCCACCCUCCUAGAAUCGGGCAUAAACACCCUCUUCCUCUCUUCCCCCAGCCAAACAGACGCAACCUCCUCCCUCUACAGGGAAUUCGACCUGGAAUUCUCUCCCUCUCAGACUUCCUUGCUCACCCAUAACCCCUUACCGGGGAAAUCAGGGAGUUAUGUAGCGUUCGAUUUGGAGGAUGGACUGCAUGGAGAGGUUCCUCUGAGCGUCAUCCCCGAGUCGGUUCGACAAAAAGGAAGAUCAGCAUCAUCAGGAGUGGGGAGGAAGAUGGUCGUCCCCGAAGGCCUGACGCAUACCCCAGGGUCCAACCCGUUCCUCAUCCCCGUCCUCCACGCACCUCCAGGAACGUUCACCGGCGACCUCCCCCGUCUUUCCUCUUCCGAUGAUUCCUCCGAAGAAGAUUACGACGACGACAACGAGAGGAGGACGAAGAACAAGUUGCAACAGGUCAUCGCUGGGGAAGAAGCUGGCUUGGUUAGCGUUUUCCAGAGUAGGAGUAACGUGAGGUUCGGAUGGGUUGGGAGUGUGGGGAUGGUCAAGGACGAUGUGUGGACGGCCGAAACCCUGAACCCGGAAUUCAUCUCCUCCCUGACCUCCUGGAUCUUCCAAGAGACCGGCGUCGUCAAGGUCUUGUCGACCGAGCACUACCGGAUUCGAGAGGCCGCUAAUGGUGGAGCUGAGGACGGGACGAUCAAGGAGACUAGGGAUCGGUUCAAGGGGUAUACCGUCAAGGAGGAUGUCACAUACGAGAUCGCUUUGGCGCAACACGACCCUUCUUCUUCCUCGUCUUCCUCUUUGAACGCCUCUUACGUGCCCUUCGAGAUCGACGACCUCCAACUCGAUUUCACCAUGCUGGACCCUCACAUCCGGACGUCCAUCCCCUUCGCUGGCGAGGUGGUCACGAGCUCGGGGAUACGAGCGGGAUUGUACAGAAAGACCUUCCAGGUACCAGAUAGGCAUGGGGUGUUCAAGUUUGUCGUGGAUUGGUGGAGACCCGGAUACUCGUUCGUCCACGAAUCGGAUACCACCUCGGUCGUCCCCUUCCGUCACGACGAGUACCCACGAUUCAUCCGGGGCGCUUUCCCGUUCUAUACCGGCGCCGGGUUGGUAUCCGGAGGAUUCUUGGUGUUUUGUUGGUUGUGGAUGCAUUUGGGGGUCGAGGGGGACAAGGUCGGGAGGGGGAAUGGGGUGGAAAAGGAGGGCAAGAAGACCAAGUGAGAAGCAGCGAGUUCUUUUCUGAGGAUGGACUAGAUUAGUACUAGAUGCUAGAUGCAUGAGCGUAUAAAAGUUUGUAGCAUUCUCGCUCUCGAUGAUGAGACCUACGGCAUUCAAAGUAUUGAACCCUCGG